AUGAGUCCUCCUCUUCCUCGCCAUCAUCUUCCUCAUCCUCCUCAGUCGACUUCAUUGCCAUCUACCAUGUUCACUAUAUCCCCUCCAUCUAAUAAUAAAGUUCAGUAUUAUUCUAUGCCUACCAAAGGAAGCUAUCAUGGUAGUCAGCAUGGUGGCUCAUCAGCUGCUGCACCCCCGAGCUUUUAUGGUAGUCAGCAUACUGGCUCACCAGUUGUUGCACCCCCGCGCUUUCAUGGUAGUCAGCAUGGUGGCUCAUCAGCUGCUGCACCCCCGAGCUUUUAUGGUAGUCAGCAUACUGGCUCACCAGUUGUUGCACCCCCGCGCUUUCAUGGUAGUCAGCAUGGUGGCUCACCAGCUACUGCAUCCCCAAGCUUUCAUCGUAGUCAGCAUGAUGGUUCGUCUUUUGUUGCUCCAUCACCUUCCAGUCCAUCAUCAUCAUCCAUUCCCAGCAUAUCUAGGUUGGAUAUUGGAGGCUAG